AAGCCGAACCUGUUAGGGGCUGGGGUACAAGGGAAAACAGGGUCCCAGGCUUGGCGUCUCCUUUCCACUCCCCUAGGGCACCUGGUAGCACUGAGCUGCGGCUCGGGCGGUGUCCUGGGUCGUGGACUCGACCGCCCGAGAUCGUUUGGGGGAGUGGGCGGUUCGUAGUUCGCGCUCCCGGACAGCCUACUUCCGUUUCCCCAGGGAGACGCCCGUGCCCACGGGGAGAGGCAGCUGCGCAUGUCGCUCCGGGAGUGUACCUCUCCGCCCCUGGCAGCAUGGGACGCCCCCGGUCUCUGUGAUCACUAGCCUCCCUGCACUGUUUGCUCUAUUUGCCACAGUCCCAGCCUGCCAGGCCACCGUCGUGCUGGAGGUGAGCAGCCACUGGCAGCCAGCAUGAGGUCUGGGGAAUCCUGUCUUUGGCCACUGGCUACAGUCAAGGGCAGGCACAGACCCCUUUGUGAGCAGCAGACCAGCCUGGAGGCUGGGAGCCGGACAUCCACGUCUGCAUGCUGAGGAAGAUGGGUGAGGCCGUGGCCAGAGUUGCAAGGAGAGUCAACGAGACAGUGGAAAGCGGCUCCGAUACCCUGGACCUGGCCGACUGCAAGCUUGUUUCUUUCCCCAUCUGCAUCUACAAGGUCCUGAGGAACGUCUCCGACCAGAUCCACCUCAUCACACUGGCUAACAAUGAACUCAAGUCCCUCACCAGCAAGUUCAUGACCACCUUCAGUCAGCUUCGAGAGCUCCACCUGGAAGGCAACUGCCUCUACCGCCUCCCCAACGAGGUCAGCGGCCUGCAGCACCUCAGGGCCAUCGACCUGUCCCGGAACCAGUUUCGAGACUUCCCAGAGCAGCUGACCACCUUGCCUGAACUGGAGACUCUCAACCUGGAGGAGAAUGAGAUAGUGGAUGUGCCUGUGGAGAAGCUGGCCACCAUGCCAGCUCUGCGGCUCAUCAACCUGCGCCUCAACCCACUGAGCCCCGAGGUGCGCGUCAUCGCCCCGCCACUCAUCAAGUUUGAUAUGCUCAUGUCUCCAGAGGAUGAUGCACAGGCCCCUCCGCCUUAGGACGCACUCCCUGUGCUCACCCAGCAAGGGACAAAAGCUACUGGCCUGCCAACCUGAGGGGAGGACAGGCUGUGGAAGGCCAAGCUUCGGGAGUGGGAUGGGGGGGCCACACAGGAUAAAGUGGGAGGGGCGCAGCUAAGCCAAGAUAGGUAGCUUAGCGCUAGAGUGAGCCCUGGUGCUCCAGAGGGAGAAGCUAGGUGAGGGUCGAGCCUGGCUCAGGACACUCAACACUGCCGUGCUGAUGUAGGUAGGUUUCUUCGUAGCUUGGGAGGAGGAAAGGAAGUGGAGAGCCUUUCCUGCUUGGGACUCAUCUGCCAUUCUGCCUCCACGUCGUCAGACGCCUUCUAAGCUCAUGGAUGAGUCUUUGAUGGGCAUUUUAUGAACCUUAUGAUCUGAAGCCAGUCACCAUCCUGAGAAGAGACCACCUCUGACUAUUUGUCAUCUUCUGAAGACUGAACAUAGUCCUCCUUCGAAAGACUGGCCAGCAGAGUGCCUGGACUGGUCAGAGCCUGAACUAAGAGUUCAGAUGCCUAGGUCCUGUGGUUGGUUCCUGUAAGCAGGAGUGUUUAUGAAGGCCUGGGUACAGAGGGCAGCUCCGGGCAGCUCAUCCUGUCUUGUGCAAGACAAGGGGAAGAAGUUCUAUGCACUCUGCUCUGUCCCUCCCUGAUGAUAGCCCGGUAUGGCCAGGCAUCAUCCCCAGGGCCACAGGAGCGGUGACCCAGAGAAGACAAAACUGUCUGCACUUGUGACCUUGACCCAAGGUCCUUCAGUGACCUCCUUCAUCGUGGCCUCCCUCUGAUAGCAGCCUGGUUGCCGUGUCCUGGCCCAGGACCACCACCCUCAAGGCUAUCACCAUAAUCACCAAUGACCUGCCAUCUCUAGGACCUUUUCCUGUGGCCUAGGAGGUAGCCAGAGAGUAGGGUGUCGAGCUGUCCCAGUGCGCUCAGAACUGUGGAAUUUCCCAGGAGUUGGCUGGGCUCUCACCUCUGGUAAGGCCUAUACUUGGGGGCAUCCCUGGUCCCCUCAAUCUCCAUGUGUCUACCUCCUUACCUGAGCAAGCAGAGCUAUCAGCUGCCCAGACUCUGGCUGGUCAACACCUUUGUGUAGGUCCGUGAAGGCUGUGUAGGUACCAGGACACAGGUAGGGCUUUGCCACUUUGUCUCCAAGAUUCUGCAGUUUAGAACUAACACUACUACUCCAAGCAGAAACCUGUCAUGGAGUUUGUCUGGGUCCCUGAACUCUCACAGUGCUCCUGGUUCUUGGAAUGUAGAAGGAUCUCAUGGUUGGAGCUCAGCAGUUCCAAGUAUGGACAGGCUAACUUGAAUAUGCUGAAAACGCAGCCUCUGGUGUUGUCCACCUGUCAUUCCCGUCCUUGGAAAGCUGAGACUGUAGGAUUGUAGGUCUGAGGCCAGCCUGUGUUGCAUAAUGGGAGUCUAUCUCAACUUGACAACAGCAGGCAGACAGAAGAAAGGAGUGUCUGGCGUGGUGAUGCCCUCUUAGAAUCCCAGCCCUCAGAUAGUAGAAGCAGAAGUGUCAGGAGUUCUAGACCAACCUCAACCUAGAAUAAAAAGAGUCUCCAGGCUAUGUCAGACCCUGUCUCAGUAAAGGGGAAACUAAAAUGCAGGUUUCCAGGCCUCCCACUGGUGUUCUGAGUCAGAACUGUGACUUAACAAGCACCAGAGCUGGUCCCUUCAGUAGUGUCAUGGUGAGAACCAGUCAAGGGCCUGGGUGACUUGGGCAUGUCCUCACAGUGCAGAGUGAAUGUCAUGCCCUGAUACACACACACACACACACACACACACACUCUUCCAUGGAUCUGAGUAUAUGCUCAGCCCCCACUAACAGCACUGGGAGACACUAGCAUCUUAGAUCAUUUCUCAGUCUUGGCUUCACUGGAAUGACUACUGUAGUGAUCACCAGAUGGUGGCUAGGUAUGUCCUGUCACCCCACCUCACCUCUCUGGGGCAUCCCUGCAUGGCAGUUGGGGUUGCUCCUGGAAGUCAUUCUCUAUGCUGCCUAGACAGACAAGCUUGGGCAGUCAGAAACCUCCAGGUCCAGGCUACCAGUGGAAGGAAGCCCUUUGCUUCAGUCUGUAAUAGAGGAUGGAUGUGUUAGUCUUAUCUGCCUGGGUAGUGUUUGGUUUUUAGUUUCUUUUUUUUUUUCUUUCCCAGUGUGUAUAAGUAGUAUUUGAUUUAUUCUCCCAGCACACACUCUGGGAAUCAGAGAACGGAUGUCACCUGCCCACCUUUGAAGGGAGACUGCCUCUCUGGUGGAAGGCUUGAGUUACAGUUUGGUCCUCUAUGCAACAGCUGCUACAGUCAUUAGAUGAGCUGGGCAUGCCUGCCCAAGUCCAUCGGGAAUGAGCUGUGGACUGUGGGCGUCCUCAGAGAAGGAGUUGGUAAAGAAGAUCAUUAGACCCAAAAUCUGAGAUGCCAGCCACUCUCCCAGCGAUUUGUAUGCCAGUCUAUAGGUUAGGGAAUGUUAACUGAGAGAUUCCAUCUAUAUGGCUACAAGGAAGUUAUCUACGCUGGGUGAAGACUUUCCAGUGAGGCUUUUUUUGGGGGGAGAAUCACCCACACACCUAUAAGCAACUCCUCACCCAUGCUCUGUAAAGAAACACAAUAAACUCAUUGCUUCCCCA